GUGGCUCUGAGGAUGGCGGGCACCGCCCUAAUUACAUCAAUGCACACAUACAAAAGUAGACGUCAAAGAACAUCUCCAUCAAAGGGUGUGGCCGGAGCCGUCAUCAUUGCGUCGGAGUGGAGUUGCCGUAGCAGCCCUGACGGGGCGCAGGAGGAGGGCGGCGGCGAGGGAGAUGGACUCGGUGACGGGGCAGACCGGGGAUUGGACGGCGACCCCGAGGGGGUGUGGAGUCCGGAUAUCGAGCAGAGCUUUCAGGAAGCUCUGGCCAUCUACCCUCCCUGCGGCAGGAGGAAGAUUAUACUCUCAGAUGAAGGCAAGAUGUAUGGUCGAAAUGAGCUGAUAGCUCGCUAUAUUAAGCUUCGGACAGGAAAGACACGCACACGCAAACAGGUGUCUAGUCACAUUCAGGUUCUGGCCCGCAAGAGGGUGCGCGAAUACCAGGCGAGCAUCAAGGUCUCUAGUCACCUGCAAGUCUUGGCCAAACGAAAGUCUCGUGAGAUUCACUCUAAGCUGAAGGCCAUGAACUUGGACCAGGUUUCCAAAGACAAAGCACUACAGACAGUGGCCAACCUUUCAUCAGCACAGAUUGUGUCUGCAAGUGUGAUGAAAAGCCAAGCUUCUUUCCCUCCACCAGUCAGGUUUUGGCCCGGCCACGUGCCAGGACAGCCUGGGCAUUCUCAGGACAUCAAGCCCUUUGCACAGCCACCAUACACAACACUAGCAGCGCCUGUUCCUGCACCUGUCAGCUAUGAGCCCCUGCCUCCCCCUCGCCCGGCAGCAAUCGCAGCUCCUGUUUGGAAGGACAGAACGAUUUCCUCGGCGAAACUACGGCUUCUGGAGUACUCUGCUUUUAUGGAGACUCAGAAAGACAGAGAGAUGUAUAAGCAUCUGUUUGUGCAUAUUGGCCCAUCCAACCCCAGCUACAGUGACCCUGUACUGGAGUCGAUAGAUGUCAGGCAGAUUUACGACAAGUUCUCCGAGAAGAAAGGAGGCCUGAAGGAGCUGUAUGAAAAAGGGCCCCACAAUGCUUUCUUUCUUGUCAAGUUCUGGGCAGAUCUGAACAGUGAUCUCGAGGAAGGUUCCAGUGCAUUCUAUGGCGUGAGUAGCCAGUACAGUGGAACAGAGAAUAUCACAAUCAGUGUCUCGACAAAGGUCUGCUCCUUUGGCAAACAGGUGGUGGAGAAGGUUGAGACAGAAUACGCACAUACGGAGGGAGGCAAGUUUGUGUUCCGCAUCCAUCGUUCACCUAUGUGUGAAUAUAUGAUCAACUUCAUCCACAAACUCAAACAUCUACCGGAGAAAUAUAUGAUGAACAGCGUGUUGGAGAACUUCACCAUACUACAGGUGGUGUCCAACAGAGAAACUCAGGAGACUCUGUUGUGUUUCGCUUUUGUGUUUGAAGUUUCCACCAGUGAACACGGAGCACAGUACCACGUUUACCGACUAGUUAACGACUAGCGCGUAAUGGGCGCGCAAAGACUGUCCUGACUGUCUUACCUGUGUUGCAUCAGUCAGCCAUUUUCAGCUCAAGAAAACAGAUUCUCACACACACAAACAGUGUACGCCUCCCCAUCACUGCAAAGUGCGGUCAUAAGCAGAUCACGCAAUUUGAAACACUAAAGUCAAAACAAAGUGUAAAUAAUCUGUUCAUGUUCGGUUGUCCUUUUUUAUACAUGUUCACGAAGAAUAACUAGCCUCUGAAAGAAAAGUGCUGAAGCAUUUUAGUUGGUUUAAAGUGAGCAGAUCUGAGUGGUGAUGCGUUCGAGGUCAUUGCCAGCGAAGCCGACGUGUCGUUGACUUAAUAUAGAGGGAGCGGUGACUUUGAAUUUACACUGGGUAUAAAGGUCUAAACACCCCAGUUCAAACUUUUUCGUGAGGGGAAGCUAGAAAUAAGCAAACUGUGAUCGUGUGGUUGCAAAAGUGUGCACACCCUGGGUUGUGGCUGUGUUUGGAAGCAAGCAGUCAAAUUCCAACUUCUGUUAACUCAUUCACUGCCAUUGACGGCUGUUGAAUUCAAAUACCAAGUCCCCUUUCAUUAACCUCAAAUAAUGUUUAGAUGUUUACUGUCUUUUCGUGACUUUUUUUUUUUUUUUUUUUUUUUUUUUUUUUGCUUUCUUGCAGAAGCGUAAAGGUUUUGUGCUAACACCGACUGGUAUUUGUGAACUGUUCAUAAUUCCCUCCACUUUGACUAAGGCCCACCUGCAGAAAAACAGCCCAAAUUAUGAUGCCGCCAUCAUGCUUCACUGUAGGUUUGGCGGCGUUUUGGUGCUAAGCCGUGUUGUGUUUGUCAAACUCUGCCCUUUGGAAUUAUGGCCAAAAUGUGGGGAAAUUUGUUAUGGUUCGAUAAAUCCAAAAUUUUACGUGUGUUUGGGUGAUUUCAAGUGUGGUUUUGCAAAAUGUAGCGGGGUGUGGAUGUUUUUGUUUGUAAGAUAAGGCUUCCAUUUUACCAGCCCUGACAUAUCAAGAAGACGGGCAAUGUUUGUCUCGUGUACUGAACAGCCACUACUUGCCAGACGUUCCUGCCGCUCCUUCGUUUUUGCGGUCGGCCUCUUGGGAAUCUCCUUGAUGAAUUUUCUGAUUGUCUUUUCAUCAAUUUUGAAAUUUUGGAUAUGCAGUUGUCAGUAGUGCAAUGUUCUCCACUUGAUGAUGGCCGCCGUCUUUUUUUAUUAUUUUUUUAUUCCUUGGAAAUUCUUUUGUACCCUUCACCUGACGGAUGUCUUUCCACCAUGACAUCCCUCUGAGGCUUUGGAAGCUCUGUUGACCAUGGCUUGUGUUGGCAAAAGUGACUCAGAAAUUGUCAGGAAAGUUAUUAGAGGGUGUGCUCACUUUUGCAACCACAUUAUCUCAUUUAUUUUUAUUUUCCUUCUCAAAGAUUUUCUUUUUUUUUUCAUUUGAGUUGUACAGACUAUAGGUCACAUUAAUGGUGAAAAGUUUUGAAAUUAUUUAUCUUGGUCUCAUUUUUUUUAUGUCACAAAAAUCUGGCAUUUAAACGGGUGUGUAAACUUUAUAUAGCCACUGUAGAUUUUUUUUUUUUUUUUUCUCUCUAUUUCAUCACUCUUAUCGUAACUACCAUAACUGUCUUCAGCUGUUCUGUCUCUAAUGACACGAUAACCUGAAUCAGUCAAAAGUGCACAAGUUUGGAGAAUGAUGAUACAUGAGAAGAUGGGAAUUCAAAUUUUGAAUGAAACAAAUAGUGAUGAGUAGUCCCUUUUUAAAAGUUGAUUGGGAGUAAGAAAAGAACAAAUUCGAAAGCAAGUGUUCAAGAUUGCUUUCGUCUUUCUGGCCACAAAGUCAUUGACGCGAAGGCGUCGGCGUUUUGAAAGGAAGAUAAUUCCCCGAACUGUUUAUUUGCACCGGCACGGUGGAAGAUUGGUUACCGCAUCUGGCUCACAGUUCUGGGGACCGGGGUUCAAUUCCCGGCCCCGCCUGUGUGGGGUUUGUAUGUUCUCCCCGUGCCUGAGUGGGUUUUCUCCGGGCACUCCGGUUUCCUCCCACAUCCCAAAAACAUGCGUGCGAGGUUGAUUGAAGACUCUAAAAUUGCCCGUAGGUGUGAAUGUGAGUGCGAAUAGUUGUUUGUUUCUAUGUGCCCUGCGAUUGGCUGGCGACCGGUUCAGGGUGUACCCCGCCUCCCGCCCGAAGAUAGCUGGGAUAGGCUCCAGCAGCCCGCGAUCCUCGUGAGGAUAAGCGGUAAAGGAAAUGGAUGGAUGUUUAUUUGCUUUUGCUGCAUUAUUUCUACCUCCGUGUGAGUUGGGAUUCAAAUGUGCUUUCAUAAAGCCCUGACCUGAGGAGCACUGACGCACUGUAUAGGACAUGUACACUACAUUUUUAAUGGUACUUUUUAUAAGCCAAAAUGAGUGAAAUAUACUUUUUUUUGUAAAAGCAAAUGAUCUUUUUAUCAACACAAGAGCUAAUACUCUAAAAGUCUUUUUUUUUUUUUUUUUUUUUUUUUUUUUAAACGUAUGCCAGCAUGGUACAGUCCGUGUUACGGUAACCCACAGUGCACUGGGGUAAAGUCCUCUUAACUGACACUUGCGUUUUGUUUUGCUCUGUGGUAUGUCUUAGCCUCUCUGUACACUUAAGCAUUAUUUAGCAACACCUGUUAGUUGACUAUCAUACCCUCAACUACUAGCAGGAUUAUCAAUGAUGUGAACGGUGACAAUGAUGUGUGUUUUUGUAUUGGCACCACGAAAGUUUGAGCCAGCACUUUCACUCGUCAAUAACCACAAUCGCUGAGCCACGUGCCGCCGUUUUUGCCGUAUUCCUGUCUGUAGUCACAUCUGCUCAUGAAGUACAUUGAUUAUGUGCCUCUUGGGCUAUGCCAAUAAAAUCAUGGUGUUUGCAGGA